UCCUCCCUCCUUCUCCCUCUCCUCCACCCCGUCUCGUCGCCGUACAACUUCGUAGAGGCGCCCACCUCUACCCUGUCAACGCCACGGACGCCGUUCUUUUCUAGUUCAUAUAAUGUCCUACGUCGGUGAUCAGGCCCAACAGGGAUACUAUCCCGACCCCCACUCUCCUUCAACUUCGACUACACACCUACUUAAUCCUAAUGGCCCUCUUUCACCUUUACCCAGCCCCUCGUCUGCCUCUUUUGCUGCCAUUCAGUCCAGGCCAGGUGGCAAUAUCCCCAGCGCUCCUCCCUCGCCGGUACACGCAGCUUUCAGAGGACCGCCUUCGAAACGGAGCAGUGUCGCCGGGUCUUCGAUUUUUAACGGACCGCCACCAGUGAACCCAUACGAAGCUCAUGGUCGGAGCUCAUCCAUUGCCAGCAAGUUCUCUCUUGCUGCCGACCCUGCUGCAUGGGCAGCCGACUUCCGUGGCAACAACCAGCCGGAACCCGACGACGAACUGCAUAAUCCUGACCCACGCAGAGACAGGAAAUACGAUGCGGGAGGAACCAUCUUCACUUUGCGUGGUAUUGCCAACCUUGGAUGUCUCGCUAUCCUGUGUUUUGGAAUCAUGGCCCUCUUUGCUGGCUAUCCUAUCACUAGCUGGGCCUUGAAGAAAUUCGCCUCCCACCCUAUCAACGUAGUAACGAUGACCAACAGUACCGGACAGGUCCCCAGCAUCGGCAACUUUGGUCUCAUCGACGACGACACCCCCGACUGGGCCCGCACCCGCCUCUCCUUCACCGACGGCACCACUGAAUACACCCUCGUCUUCUCCGACGAAUUCAACACCGACGGCCGCACCUUCUACCCGGGCGACGACCCGUACUGGGAAGCCGUCGACCUGCACUACUGGCAGACGAACAACAUGGAAUGGUACGACCCCGCGGCGAUCACCACCGCCGACGGCGCGCUGCAGAUCUCGCUGACGCAGAAGGAGACGCAUGGGCUGGAUUAUCAGGGAGGUAUGAUUCAGACGUGGAAUAAGUUUUGUUUUACGGGCGGGCUUUUGGAGACGAGUGUGGUGCUGCCGGGGGUUAAUAAUGUGGUGGGGCUUUGGCCUGCGGUUUGGACGAUGGGGAAUUUGGGAAGGGCGGGGUAUGGGGCGUCAUUGGAGGGAAUGUGGCCAUACACCUAUGACAGCUGCGAUGUGGGGACCGUCGCGAAUCAGACGUUGAAAGGACUUCCGGUCGCGGCGACGGAGAACGGUGACCCUUCGUACAACGGGGUUCUGUCUUAUCUUCCUGGACAGCGUCUGUCGAGGUGUACAUGUCCCGGAGAGUCUCAUCCGGGGCCCAUGCAUGACGACGGCACGUAUGUCGGAAGGUCGGCGCCCGAGAUCGAUAUGUUCGAAGCACAGGUUUCCAAUGGUGUCGGCUACGUGUCCCAGUCCGGACAGUUCGGUCCUUUCAACUAUGAAUACAUCUGGGACAACACCACGGACAACUACAAUAUCCCGAACAAGACGGCGACGAGUCUGAAUGCUUACAUGGGUGGUGUAUAUCAGCAGGCCGUCUCUGGUAUCAGCUUAACCGAGCAAGACUGCUAUCAGCUCGGUACUGCAUGUUUCUCCGUAUACGGAAUCGAGUAUAAGCCUGGCUUCGACGAUAGCUACAUCAGCUGGAUCGCAGCGAACGAGACCGCAUGGACGCUCAAGGGCGCAGGUAUGGGUGCCGACACGGCCACCGAGAUCGGCGCGCGUCCUAUCCCACAGGAGCCCAUGUACAUCCUUAUUAAUUUGGGUAUCUCGACUGCGUUCGGGUCGGUCGAUGUGGAGCAUUUGACGUUCCCGGCUAUCAUGACGGUGGAUUAUAUUAGGGUCUACCAAGAAUCCGAUUCUAUCAAUAUUGGCUGCGAUCCCGAUGAAUUCCCUACGAAGGAUUACAUCAAUACGUACAUCGAGGCAUACUCGAACCCGAACUUGACGACCUGGAAGGACGACUACGGCGAGCCGUUCCCUUCGAACUCGUUCCUUGGACAGUGCUAGAUCCCCAGCACCGAGUUCACUACGCAUGCAGAUUAUCUGUUCAUCGUGUUUACCGUCAACGCGCUCCCUCCUAUUCAUUUAUCAUAAGUUUUUCUUGGGCCACGGACUCCUUUGCUUGCAUUUGCAUACUCCACAUCAUCAUUUCAUACCGUCAUAUUAUCAUUUUGCGUCAUUUUUAUUUUGGGUACAUUCGUCGUCUUGACUCUUCACGCUACAUCUUCUCUCUUGCUCAACCUCACGCAUUAUCAUUAUGCUGUCAUGGCGGCCGCCACCACCCUUGAGCAUCGUGCUCGUGCCCAUCCUUCUGCCAAACAAUAUCCUACCACCAUCAACUCCUAUUAUCUAUCUAACACAACGCUCCGCCCUUCGCUAUCCCUUACCCUCGUCACCACCAUCACCCUUCACACAUGCUUGCCACCCUCUUCAUCUGCGCAUCGCUUCACCCCCAUCCCUACUAGCCCGCACCCAUCUCCCAUCUCCACGUCCCCGGACCUCUCACCC